AUGAAUGACGAAAGUGAUGUUUUACGUCCAUAUCCAAUUGAUUCAUCGCAAGAUAAAGUUUUUCGAAAAAUAGUCUUUGCUAAAAGAGAUCUUAUUCCUCGAAUAACAUCUAUUUUACUUCAUAUUAUAACAUAUCCAUUGAUGAUUUUAUCGAAAUUUUUAAGUAAAAAAUCCAUUAAUGAAGAUGGAGAAGAAAAAUCUUUUUUAGAAAUUGGUCCUUUUUAUGUUAGUACACGAACAAAUGCAAUGGAUUCAAAAUAUUUUUAUGUAGUUAGAGAUGGAAAAAUUUGGUUUAAACCAAUUGCUGCACAUCCACAUGCAUCAUGGAAAUUAUUUAAUAAAAAUGGUUCUAUUGAUAAUACAAAAAUUCCAUUAAUAUCUGUCAGUGCUGAUGGUGAUAAUAUCUUAGCUGUUGAUCAAAAUCAAAUAAUUCAUUAUGCUAAAAGUAAUGAAGUUAUUUGUGAAGUUUCAUUUGAUUGUCCACAAUGGAAAGUUCUCGAAUCAAGAGUUAAAUGGACAGAAAAAUGGUUUAAUAUGGAUGGAGUUUCACUUAUUGUCAAUCUAUUCAAAAAUCCUAUUUUAAAAUCUCUUCCAAAUUAUCGAAGUAUUGCUAUGUCACAUAAAGGACAUGAUACAAUGUAUUAUACAGAUAUGAAAGGAAAAAAACAUCCUGAUCCAUAUGUUGGUGUUACAACGAUUUAUAUUUUAAAUGACGAUGGAACAAGAAUAUUCUUUGCUGAUCCAUGGUUACAGAAUAAAUUUGAUAAUGAAUUAACAACACCAGAAGAUGGACAAUUUAAAGCUGAAACAAUGGCAGCUAGUGCAUCGACGGUUUUUCUUAUUCAAAGAGCAAGAAAUGAAUAUGGAAAAGAAAUAAAUAAAAUAUUUACACGAUUCGCUGAUUUUGAUUCUAUUGGAUCAAAUCCAGCAUUAAGAGCUACAUAUAAUCAAAAUAAUAUUAUUCCAUUAAUUCGAAUUAUUCCUAGUGAAGAUUGGAUUGAACAACCUUCAAUAUCUUUAGAUGAAAAAGCUCGUUUAACUAAAAAUAUUUCCAUUCUUCAAAUAGGAUGGGGACAAAAUAAUCGACAAUUAAGAGUUCAAGGACAAAAUCAUUUAGGACAAAAUGGAUAUUUUUUUAAAAAUAUUUAUCAUGCGAAAUGGAAUUUUCAAGUUAUUAAUGAUAUGAUUAUCGAUGAAGAUGAAUUUUCAUCGGAAUCAGUUCCUCAUACUGGUUUUGAACGAGGUCCACAAAUUGCAUUUGAUUAUGAAAAUGGUUCUUUACAACCAAAUGUAAUAUCUCCACUACAAAAACUUACAUUAGAAAAAUUUUCUCAUCGAGGUCUCAAUGAAAGAGGUUUACAUACAAAAUUAGUCUUAGUUUUAAAUCAUGGAUUUAAAUUAUCAAUUCCAUUAUAUGCUCGAAGAGGUUGGAAAAGUUUACUUGGAAUUUCUCAUGAAAAUAUUUGGAAAUUAGUUAUUCCUUUAGAAUAUUUUGCUCAAGAUGAUCUUUAUCUUAAAGAAAUUUUAGAAAAAAUUUUUCAUAAUAGAUCAAGACAUUCCGUUUAUGUUUAUGAAAGAAAAGAUCAAAUAUUAAUCACUAAUGUUUAUUUCAGUCGAUAUAAAUUUCAAUUUAUUUUUAAAAAUAAAUCGAACUGA